CUAAUUCUAAUUGUUGCACAAUGUCAACAGUCAACAAAAAUAUGUAUUUUUUUAAUCUGUCAAUCACUUAAAAAAAUGUUUUUUAAUUUCCAACUCAAUGUAAUUUAUAUAUUUAUAUAUUAAAUAUAUUUUCUAAUUUUUUACCACGAUGACUUGUUAAGUAAUUAAGUUGUAAAACAACAAUUUCUAGUCUUAAUUAGCAAUUUAACAAACACGAGAAAUAUCGAGGUCCAUUAAAAUAACAAAUUUUGCAAGUAUAUUUCAAAAAUAAUAAUGGAUAUUACAUUAGAUGACAAAUUGGGAGCUUUUCAGCAAAUUAGUCAAAGGAAGCUAAUUGAAAUUUUAGAUGGCAUUGCUGGAAAAAAAGAUUUAAUAAUAGAACAAAAAUUAAUGAAAUUGCUAGACUGUUUUGUUGGAGUUACUGUUUUAAGGCGAUAUGGAGUUGAGAAAAUAUUUAAAAUGGAACAAGGUUUAAAACCUGCGAAUGCUCAACGUAUUUUUAUUUCGUCUUGUGAUUUAAUUGCAUGUAAAAGAGUUUUGGAUCAAAUUCAAGCUGAGCGUUCUAAUUCUCCUGGAUUAUCUCAUCAUGUUUUGGUUGUUCCUCUUGUUCCUCUAGCUCUUCGUUCACUUGUUGAAGAAGAAGGUCUCGCUGGAUUAAUCGAGUUACGUUCACUUUCUUGGGAAUUUAUUCUUUACGAUGGUAAUUUUCUUUCAAUGGAAAUUUCAUUUUUCAGUGAUCUUUAUUAUUAUAAAGACACUGGAUUACUUCCGGCUUUAGCACGAAAUUUGUGGUCUUUAAAAUUAAUUCUCGGUGCACCACGAUUGACACUUGCAUUUGGCAAACAUAGUCAACAGACAUUAAAAAUGAUAAAAUCAAUUGAAGAAUCAUUUGGUACACCAAGUAGUGAACAUGAAAUUGGUGCAUUAAUUCUCAUGGAUAGAUCAUUUGAUUUGGUAUCGACACUUCUUACGUCUGUCACUUAUUUAGGUCUUCUCAGUGAGGUUGUUGAUAUUAAUAUUGGAACUGCUUCUCUUGGUGGCACACAAACAAAACUCGAUCCAAAUAAAGAUCAAGUUUAUGGCGAAGUAAGAGAUAAACAUUUUAGCGAUGCUUUUCCCACGUUGCGAAAUAAGGCCAAGUUAUUGAAAAAUGAACAGGAAUCAACACAAGGAAUGAAACUGGCGGAAAUGAAGCAUUAUGUAGCGACGACUUUAAAAAAAACAACGGAAGUGAAACAACAACUUGAAUUUCAUAUUUCUGCCUGUGAGGCGGCAAUUGGUGUUUUAGGCUCAGAAUUUGAGAAUCUUCACUCGAUUGAAGAAUCUAUUUUAGAAUGUACAAGACGAAAAGAAUGUUUAGAAUAUAUUGAGCGAAAUAUAGACGAUAAUCCCCUACGAAGUCUUCGACUUUUGGCUUUACUUUCAAUAACUAGCGAUGGAGUGACACGCAGUGAAAUACAAACAAUUCAACAAGCACAUCUUCAUGCACACGGAUAUCAAAAUAUACCAUUGUUUCAUAAAUUAGAAAAAGUAAAUUUACUUAAAUAUCGAUCUGACAAUGUUCUCAAUAAAUUGCCAAAUUGGACAAGUAAAUGGAUGACGAAUGCAAAAAAAUUGAAAUUAAUUCCCAGUGCUUCAAAAAAUGUCGAUCUUAAAGGUCCCACUUGUCCGAGUUAUGUUUUCAGUGGUGUUUAUAUACCAGCAAUUGCGCAAAUAAUAAAUACAGUUGCCAAUCAAACCGAUCCAAAGAGUCUCGAGGAAUUAACGAAUUUAUCAGAGUGCAUUGUCACUGGAACACAUGGCGUAAUUACACCAAAAACAAUUGUUGUUUGUAUUAUAGGUGGUAUAACAUAUGCAGAAAUAUCCGCCUGUCGACUCAUUGAAAAAUCGGCUGGAAUUCGUCUUGUUUUAGUAUCUGAUAGCAGUAUAACAGGAAAUAAAUUAAUAGAAACUGUGCAAAAUUCUUAACGAUAAAAAAUUUAGAUAGAGAAAACUAUUUUUCUGUUUUAAAGAAAAAGAAUAUUUUAUUAUUAUUUAAGAUUGAAAAUAAAAUUGAAUUUAUAUAUUACAAUUUUCAUGUAAAUAAACUAUUCAAUAAAAUGUUUUUUUUUUAGUAAAAA